AUGGCGAGUGCAUCCCACGAUUCAAGACUACUGUUCAAAGUGAACAACAUUCGAGCCUUCCAUAUUCAGGAUGGCGAGGAGCAAGAGUUGACGUCCUCGGGCCCUCAAACUCUAUCACUGCUCAUGGUCCCUACUGCAAUGCCGCCAAACCCAUCCGCUGGAGGCACGCAGACCCCGGAAGAAGAUUACUAUCUGCACCUCUCGCUACCCCCAGAGCUGGAUCUGGCCGUUCCGGCUACUACCCAGAUCUUUCAUCAACCGCCCGACAGCUACUUGAUUCCUCGUUGGGAUGUAGCCCCGGAGGCUGGCGCCUUCAUCCGCAUUCAAUUCCCCAGCAUUGGCACGGGUCCUCAGAAUGUCACCCAAGACGAUAUCGACACAUUCGAGACAAUCCUUGCCCAGUGCACCGCAUUCCUCGACUAUGCGCCCAGUUCUGGAGGUAAAGCUGCUGACAUCGCCCCAUACAACCCAGCCAACUUCGCUCCUGGAGAAGGAUACGUCGGAACUGGAAGUGCACAGGACGAUAGACAGCAUGGCAGAAUUGUGCUGGUGGAUGAGGAAGAUGGAAAGGUUGUGGGCGAGCUUGGCGAGGGUUACGAUGUCGUCGAGAUUGGAGAUGUGAAACCUGGUUCAAAACGCCCCGUCGAGAUUGAACUUCCGGUGGAAGGGGAGGGCAAUAAGGUCAGGGUGGCUAACGUCUCCGAAGAGUAUCUUGAAAUGUCACGGCACCCGGCAUAUCAAAAUUCGACCAUCGUGCAGACAUCAGCCACUGCUUCGCGACUGAUCGUGACUACAUCCUCAUACAUCUCCAACGCGAUGGCAAGUGGUGCAGAGAAUUUUAUGAAAAAGACCAAGCCAACCCCCAAGCCGGUCACUUUCUCAGAGGCUACCCAUGCCCGGAUCCGAAAGGUGGGCACUUUCUCGGAUGGUGCAGCAGACUUCUCGAAGCGUACCUUGGGCCAAGUCGACCGUGUCGCACAGAACCUCGGCGCCACGUUCGCACGUAAGGAUACCAAAGUCCGGAGUGACAAGAGGCACCUGCCGCCACCAGACUACAAGCCCGGCGUUCUGAACAAAUCUAUGAUCGCCUUCUCUACCUUGGCGGAUGGCAUCACGGAGAGUGCACGCACGAUGUUGAUGAGCGGCUCCGCGGCGGCUAGCAGCAUGAUCGGUCAUCGGUACGGCACCGAGGCCGGCUCCGUCGCAAGUAAUUUGACGGGUGGGAUCAAGAACGUCGGUCUUGUGUACAUUGACGCGACAGGAGUCAGCCGUCGCGCUCUGCUCAAGUCCGUGGCCAAGGGUAUGGUGGUGGGACGUAUGCGCGAUGGGAAAGAGGUUGUUGUAGGAGCGGGUGAUGGUGGCCAGCUGCCCGGUGAUGUCAAGGGUCAGAAUGAGGCUGGCCCAUCUGCUUCGGGUGCCGCGUAUGCCUCAUCGUCCACUACUGCACCGCCACCAGCUUAUGGUGCUCCGGGCACAAUGUCGUUGGACGCGGCUCCCAAGUCAGGAGUUGGGUCGAAGCGAUGA